AUGAAAUUACAGCUUGCGAUGGGCCGCAGCCAAAGUCCAGCAAUGGACAAAGAGUCAGAAGCGGUGAAAGGUGGAACCGGGUAUGAGGCAACGUCGGUGAACGGCCCCGAGGAUGACUUUGAGCUGUGGGAUCAAAGCAAGGCGCUGCGCUCGGAAUAUCGGGACAAUCGCUGGAGCCAGAACGGAUGGUCCUCCUGUAUACCGAUAUCGAUCAUUUUAGUGCUGAUUGUGCUGGUGGUGCUGCUGCCCUUGAUGGAUCAUAGUGAUCGGGCCGGGGAUGAACCCACCCGGGCCGGUAUUGGCCGGUUUGGGCAACCAGUCUGUGCGGAGAAAUGUUCGAUCGAGCUGGUGGAAAGCAUACCAGAGGGUAUGACAUAUCCCGAGGACAGUCCAACCUUCAGAACAACCUUCCAAGCCUGGAUGACCCUACUCGAGCUGGCCCAGGGCACAAUCGAAAUUGGGUCGUUCUACUGGACGCUGAAAGGUGCGGACGUUUAUAAUCACUCCUCCGCCCGGGAAGGUGAGAUGAUAUUUCGCCAACUGUUCGAAGCAGGCACCGUACGGAAGCUGCAGGUGAAGAUCGCCCAAAGUGCACCGACGUCCGCCUCACCCAACCUGGACACGGAUCUGCUAGCAAAGCAGGGUGCUGCCUCGGUACGGUCGGUCGAUUUUCCACGCCUGAUCGGCGGCGGUGUACUGCACACAAAGGUGUGGAUUAUAGACCGGCAGCACUUCUAUCUCGGCAGUGCCAACAUGGAUUGGCGAUCGCUAACACAGGUGAAAGAGCUCGGCGUGCUGGGCACCAACUGUUCCUGUCUGGUGCACGAUCUCGCCAAGAUAUUCGACGUGUACUGGGAUAUGGGCGCACCCGAUGCACGGUUGCCCCCGAAAUGGCCGAAAGAGUAUACCGCCAGCUACAACUAUUCCGCUCCCGCACACGUCGAAUUUAAUGGGAAAACUGCAAUGGACACCUACUUCUCGAGCUCCCCACCAAUGAUGUCACCAGCGGGGCGAACAGACGAUCUGUUUGCAAUAAUAGACGUUAUCAAUAAGGCAAACCGUUUCGUACACAUAUCGGUAAUGGAUUACUUUCCAUUAACGCUUUACACGCGCAUAACUCACUACUGGCCGUACAUCGAUGAUGCGCUGCGUAAGGCGGCUAUCGAGCGCAAGAUAUCGUUACGUCUGCUCAUCUCGCUCUGGGACCAUUCGCGACCGUCGGAAGAAUAUUUUCUCCAUUCGCUCGAAGCACUGUCGAACGCGCUGAACGGUGUGGACAUACAGAUACGCCGGUUCAUUGUGCCCGCGUCGGAAGAUCAGAAGAAGAUCCCGUUCGGGCGCGUCAAUCACAACAAGUACAUGGUUACGGACAAUACGGCGUACAUCGGUACGUCGAACUGGUCCGGCGAUUAUUUCAUCGAUACGGCCGGCAUCGGCAUGGUCAUAUCGUCGUUCGAUACCAACGGUACGAUCAUACAGGAGCUACAGUCCGUGUUUGAGCGCGAUUGGAACAGCAAGUAUGCGGUGCGCUUAAGCUAG